AUGGACACUAGCUGUCAGCUCAAAGACCAAAACAUAUCAACAUUGAUUCAGGGAAUGAAAGCUAAUUCCAAUGUAAUUAAAUUUACACAGUUAUUCAUUUCAAUUUCAGUGUUUUCCUUCGUCUUUUCACCUUCUUCCUUGUUUGUUUUCCUCCAUUACUUCAAAUUCUAUUUCUCAACUUUACCUUUUCAACUCUUUACUCACAAUAUAGACAAGAACAGCAUGUUCCUCCUUUCUAAUGCUCUCCUUGUUUUAGUUGGCGUAACCAAAUCUUUCUCAAGUACUUCUUGUGAUAGUGAUGAUGAUCAACCUUCAAAUAACUCAGAAGUUUUAUCAUCAUCACAGUAUGUUAAAGAAGAAGAAGAUUAUUCACAAUGUCAUAUCUUUGAUGUUGAGGUCAAUGAGCCAAUGUUGGAGAGAGAACCUGAGAACACAACUAGUGGGCCAAAUGAUAAAAAUGCAGCAGCAGAGGAAGAAAAAGUAGAAGAAAACAUUGAAAAUAUAAUUUUGACAGAUGAAGGACAAGGAGAAGAGAUGAAGGAGCAAGAAGAAAAUGAAGAAGUUGAAUUAUUUGAUGAAGACGAUGAAGAGGGAGAUAAAGGGUCAGAAAUUGAUUAUGUUCCAAUUGAAGAAAACAAUAUAGAAAAAGAAGAAGAUUAUGUAGAAGAAGAAGAAAGUAAUAGGUUAAGUACAGAAGAAUUAAAUAAAAAAUUUGAAGAUUUCAUUAGAAAAAUGAAGGAAGAUCUAAGAAUUGUUGCUAGACGGAAUUUAGUAAUGGUCUGA